CCUCCUCAUUCUCAGUCCUCACUCCUCCCUCCUCCCUCCUCACUCCUCCAUGGUUGUUAUCAAAGCCAAGCCAGUAAGCAAUUGUUAGCUUCCGAACCAAGCCAACUUACAGAUCACAAAAUAAAAAUAAUAGCAACAAAUGAUAAAAUCCUUGGAGGAGGCACCACUUUAGAGUCUCCUUUUCUCUCUCUCUCUCUCUCUCUCUCUCUCUCUAACCCUGAAAUAGAGGAAGCAGAGAUGCCCAUUGAAGUUUAAUGUCUACCCACCUCUUCUUCUGAGCUCCCCCCCCCCCUCCCCUUCUCUCUCCCUCUCUCCCUCGCUCUCUCUUCAAAGACUGAAACUUUGUUGGUUCUAAACUUUCUCUGCUCAGAGAGACUCGGACCCAUUUGUUUUCCCUCUGCGUUCUUUUGCUCGGAAAAAAGUCCCCAAAAGAAAUAACAGAAACACCCCAUUUUCUGUAGCUCCUGUAAUUUCACCGCUCUCUCUGUUGUCUGCAGCUUCUGUUUGAUAGAUCUUUCAGCGACCCUCUUCUCUGUUUUUACUAUUAAUUGUAACAUUGUGUUAAUUUGUUGCAUUUGAGCUGUAACUAUGAGUAAAGAAGAGUUCUUGAAGAUCCAGAAAUGUGCUCUCAAAGUGAACAUCCACUGUGAUGGAUGUAAGCACAAAGUGAAGAAAAUCCUGCAGAAAAUCGACGGGGUUUUCACCACCGACAUAGAUUCAGAGCAGGGGAAGGUGACGGUCUCCGGAAAUGUAGACCCUGCUAUUCUGAUUAAGAAGCUUGCGAAAUCCGGCAAACAUGCAGAGCUUUGGGGCGCUCCGAAGGCGAACAAUAACAACCAGAGCAACCUCCCCAAUCAGUUCAAGAACAUGCAAAUUGACAAUGGCAAAGGCGGAAACAACAACAGCGGCAAAGGCGGGCAGAAGGGUGGCGGUGGCGGUAACAGCCAGCCAAAGGGCGGCCAGCAACCCCAGCAGCAACAGCAGAACCAGCAGCUUCAGCAGCAGCAGCUGCAGCAGCAACUCCAGCAGCUCCAGCAGCUGCAGCAAAUGAAGGGGUUCCAAGAUCUGAAGCUGCCCCAAUUGCAAGGCAUGCAAAUGCCCCCUAAUUUCAAGGACCAGAACCCGAACCCGAAUCAGAAGGCGGUGAAAUUCAACGUGAAGGAGGAAGAGGAUUUGAGUGACGAUGAGUACGAUGACCUCGAUGAUGAUGACGACUAUGACGAUGAGUUUGAUGAGUUUGAUGAUGACAUGGAUGAACCCCUUCAUCCUCUCACUAAGGGGAAGCCUGUGGUGAUGGGCAAUGGUGGCCAGGGGAUGCCGCCGAACAUAAUGAUGAUGAAUGGUAUGAUGAAGGGGAACCAUCCGCAGAUGAUGAAUGCCGCAGUCCAAAAGGGUGGUGGUGGUCAGAAUGGCGGUGGUGCUGCGGGUAAUGGGAAAAAGGGCGGCAGCGGUGGGGCUGUGCCUGUUCAGGUGAAUAUGGGUGGUGGGAACAAUGAGGGUAAAAAUGGAAAUGGAGGAAAGAAGGGUGGCGGCGGCGGUGGAAACCAAAACCACAAUCAAGGAGGCGGGGGUGGAAAGAAUGGAGGCAAAAGUGGAGGCUUUCCGUCGGAUGGCAAAAAUGGUGGUGGGGGAAAUGCCAAGAAUGGAAACAGUGGUCAAGGGGGUCCUAAUGGGAGCAUGGACAAUGGCAAUGGGGGUAAAAAGGGUGGUGGAGGAGGCGGCGGCGGAGGAAUGAGUGAAGUUCAAGCUUUGAACAAUGCUUUCCAGAACAUGGGUGGCCGUCCUCAGGGCAUGCCUGGAGGUAAUGUGGGACAGAUGGGCAACAUGAACAUGGCAAUGGGCCCAAUGGGUAGCAUGCCUAUGGGCCAAAUGGGCAACAUUCCAGCUGUCCAAGGCCUGCCGGCUGGCGCCAUGAAUGGCGGUGGUGGCGGAGGCGCCGGUGGAGGUGGAUACUUCCAAGGAGCUGGGCCUGAGGCCAUGCCUGGUAACCCCUACCACCAACAACAAUACUUGCAGGCUGUGAUGAACCAGCAAAGGGCAAUGGGCAAUGAGAGGUUUCAACCAAUGAUGUAUGCCAGGCCUCAACCUGCUGUCAACUACAUGCCACCCGGCCCACCGCCGCCAUACGCAUACGCUCCCCCUCCAGCAGGUGAACCACACACUCACUUCUUCAGUGAUGAGAACACCUCAAGUUGCAAUGUGAUGUGAAAACCGAAAAAUUGACUGGAAAAAUGGUCCUGCUGCUGCUGAUUUGGGUUAAUUUGCUGAGUUUGUGGUGGUUCUGGUGGUGGUGAUUUCAGUUAAUAGUUCCAAGGACUAGAAAUCCGAUGCCAUAUUAUACAUGGAAAUGUUUUUUUAGCUUUAAUUUCUCUCUUUUUUCCCAUCUAUGAUCAUCUUACUUUUUAAUCCUAAGUUAAUGAGGGUUUAAUUAUUAAUAGAGAGUAUUUAUAGAUAAUAUAUUUAAAGUAAUUAGGGGAGCAGAUGGGGAUGUAAGUGGAAGGAGAGGGAGAUAGUGCUCUCUCUGCUCUCUCUAUUUUUUAUGAGGAUGUUUAUAUAUGUUUAUAUAAGUUGCAAAAACAAAAAUAAGAUGAAAAGAAUGGGAAGCCCAUCUCUCUGCCCAUUUUCUCUCAAUAA